AGUGUGUCUAUCGGCUGCUAAAGUUCACUUCGGUCUCUGGUCCGAAACUCCGUCUCAACCUUUCACCAUCUCUCCCCAGCUUCAUUUCUCCGUGCAGCCAUGAGGACCACGGCGGUCUCCGUUGCCAUGGUGAUGGCGUGUGUGAUGAUGGUGCAGGCGAGCGUGAAACCGCAGAAAGAUUUCAACGUGCAGAAGUUUGCAGGUAAAUGGUACCGUGUUGGCUUCGCCUACGACUCCCCGGGUUUUGUUCCCCUCAGAGACAAAAUAAAGAUCUCGAUGGGCGUCAUCACACCUCUGCCCAACGGCAACGUCAACCUGACGAUGUGGGAAGCCCUACCUGUAGGAUGUGUGACUCAGUUUUAUAAAUAUGACAAGGCGAGCGUUCCCGGACAGUUCACCUACUUCAGCACACGUCAUAACAUGGUGAAGGACAUCACAGUGGUGGACACGAACUACAGCGAAUAUGCUUUGGUCAUCAAGCACAAGGUCUUUAACAGAGAAUACACUCAGGUGGCACUUUACGGCCGUUCUCAGAGACUCCGGACUGAUGUCGUCCAGAAGUUCAAAGCUCUUUCUUUGUCCCGUGGUUUCCCCAGAGAGUCCAUUCUGACUCCACCUCCAGCAG